AUGUCUUCAUACCAAUUGGUGUUUGGAAAAGCUUGUCACCUACCAGUGGAACUUGAAUAUAGAGCAUUUUGGGCUCUAAAGAUGUUGAACUUUGAUAGUCAAGCUACUGGGGAAAGAAGGCUACUACAACUCAAUAAGCUGGAAGAAUUCAGAAAUCAAGCUUAUGAGAAUGCUAAGAUUUACAAGGAAAAGACAAAGAAAUGGCAUGAUCAAAAGCUAGCAAGAAGAGAGUUUGUAGAAGGCCAAAAAGUGCUACUAUACAACUCAAGGCUCAAGUUUUUCCCAGGAAAACUUAAGUCAAGAUGGUCUGACCCCUUUACAAUCCUCAAGGUGUCUCCUUAUGGUCAUGUAGAGCUUAUGGAGGAUAAAACACAGAGGAUUUUCACUGUCAAUGGCCACAGGCUCAAGCACUACUUGGGAGACUCAUUGGAUAAGCAGAGAGUGAGCUAUAACCUCAACUGA